AAGAUCACAGCUCAUUCCUCGCCCCUCCUCUCCUUAUAUAUCUACGCUGCUCCCCAAAUCCCUGAUUUCGGCCUUCUCUUCUCCCUCUCGUCUUCUCUCUUCUCUCCCGCGCCAUCGCCCAGAGAAGAGAACGAGAGAGGGAGGGAGGGAGCGAUGGCGGACGCGUUCUGUCCGGAUUGCAAGAGGAACACGGAGACGGUGUUCGACCACUCGGCGGGGGACACGGUGUGCUCGGAGUGCGGGCUGGUGCUGGAGGCGCACUCGAUCGACGAGACGUCGGAGUGGAGGACGUUCGCGAACGAGUCCGCGGACAACGACCCCGUCCGCGUCGGCGGGCCCAGCAACCCGCUCCUCACGGACGGCGGCCUCUCCACCGUCAUCUCCAAGCCCAACGGCGGCUCGAGCGACUUCCUCUCCUCCUCCCUCGGCCGCUGGCAGAACCGCGGCUCCAACCCCGACCGCUCCCUCAUCAUCGCCUUCCGCACCAUCGCCACUAUGGCCGACAGGUUGGGUCUUGUUGCAAUUAUCAAGGACCGGGCUAAUGAGAUAUAUAAAAAGGUGGAAGAUCUCAAAUCCAUUAGAGGAAGAAAUCAGGAUGCAAUUUUAGCUGCUUGCCUAUACAUUGCUUGUCGACAAGAGGACAGGCCUCGCACUGUAAAGGAGAUUUGUUCUGUUGCCAAUGGAGCUACAAAGAAGGAAAUUGGCCGUGCGAAAGAGUUCAUAGUAAAGCAGCUUGAAGUUGAGAUGGGACGGUCGAUGGAGAUGGGUACCAUUCAUGCAGGAGAUUUCCUGAGACGUUUUUGUUCACAUCUUGGCAUGACAAAUCAUGCAGUUAAGGCUGCUCAAGAAGCAGUACAGAAGUCAGAAGAGCUUGAUAUAAGGAGGAGCCCCAUAUCAAUUGCAGCAGCUGUUAUUUACAUGAUAACUCAAUUGUCAGAUGACAAGAAACCCCUCAAAGAUAUAUCCCUGGCUACUGGAGUGGCAGAAGGCACCAUAAGAAAUUCCUACAAAGAUCUGUAUCCCUAUGCUUCAAGGCUCAUUCCAACCUCCUUUGCCAAGGAGCAAGACUUAAAGAACCUCUGCAGCCCAUAGUUUGGUUUCAACCUGUUAUACUGAACAUGGAAAUAUAAGAUUGAUCGUUGAGGGUGAUGCUGGCCGAACAAAGCAUGGUUUGAUUGAUUUUGUGGAUCAUUCAGUAUUUGGUUGUGAUCUUGAUGAGCCUAUGUACAUCUGGCUUUUGGAAAUGGACCUGUGGAUGGAAACUAAACGGGACUACAUCAAAAGAUGUGUUUCAUUUUUCACCGCAUGAGGAAGUUGACCGGCAAAGGAUGCAAAAGAAUUUCUGCUUGCCCAUCUCAGGGUAAUCGUACUUUCCAUUGUGACCUGGAAAAGGGGUCAUUUUGAUAAUUGAUAUGAAAAUCUUUGUUGAAGGUAACCAAUAAAAAAUAGUAUAUAUCAUAUGAGGGUAAUAGUCUUUACCAGUCAGUGUGCAUGAAAAAUUGAAAUUAUGAUCAAUAAUUUGCUUAUGCAACAUGUUUUUGCUCCAAAAACAUUUUAUUUGAUAAUUGAGACUAUGCUUGAGUCUGAUUCUUAUGUUUAAUUUUUUGUCA